GCGAGCGGGCGGGCGGGCUCCUGGAGGCGAGCGGCGCCCGCGGGCGAGCCGGGAAGGCGGCGGGGGCCCAAAGUUGCCUCCUCGCUGGCCCGCGUCCCCGGCGGGGCGGGAGCCGGGGCCAGCGAAGCGGCGGCCGCGGACCCGGACUCCCGCGGCACCGGGGCAGCGGCCCCGCAGGAGCAGCAGCGGCGGGGGCGGCGUUGGCGGCGGCGCGCGGGAAGCGAACCGGAGCUCUGGAGCGGCGCGGCGGCCGCCGGGGAGCUCCGCUCAGGUGCGCGGCGAGAGGGGCGCGGCAGGGGCCAGGCCGCCGGGACCAGGGCCGCGCCAGCGCUCGCACCAGCCGGAGGUCUUGCACAGCGGACGCCUGGGUCCCUGGUCCAGCUCCCCGUCCCGGGCGGCAGCCGUGGCAGCCGUGGCCGGGGUCCCCCGCCCCCGAGAGCUGGCUCCGGGGCCCGGCCCCGCCCCCGCCAGCCCCCGGCCUGGCCGCCCCGCCCCCCGGCCGCCGAUUUCUAAGGCAUUGGCUGCGCUGCUGGGUGAUCCCUCCGGGCUCAAGUUGCAAGGGGGCGGGCCCAGGCCGGAGGUGGAGUCUCCCGCCAAUUGAAGCCUCGGCUAUAAAUCGAGCUCCCGCACAGCCGAAGCCCAGAUGCCUCGCCAGGCCGCCCCGCGGUUGGUGGUGGGAGAGGGCAGCGGGUCCCAGGGGGCUUUGGGGGCGGCAGCCACCAUGCUCCGCUCCCUGCUGCUUCACUCCCUGAGGCUCUGCGCCCAGACCGCCUCGUGCCUCGUGCUCUUCCCGCGCUUCCUCGGCACCGCCUUCAUGCUCUGGCUCCUCGACUUCCUGUGCAUCCGCAAGCAUUUCCUGAGCCGCCAGCGCCGGGGUGGGCCCGAACCUGAAGUGGAGCUCAACUGUGAUGGCGAGGAGGUGCCCCCCGACGACCCGCCUAUCUGCGUGUCCGACGACAACCGCCUGUGCACCCUGGCGUCGCUGAAGGCGGUGUGGUACGGCCAGAAGUUGGAUUUCUUCAAGCAGGCGCACGAGGGCGGUCCGGCACCCAACUCCGAGGUGGUCCUGCCCGACGGCUUCCAGAACCAGCAUAUCCUCGAUUAUGCGCGAGGAAACCGCCCGCUGGUGCUCAAUUUCGGCAGCUGCACCUGACCACCGUUCAUGGCGCGCAUGAGCGCCUUCCGGCGCCUGGUCACCAAGUACCAGCGCGACGUCGACUUCCUCAUCAUCUACAUCGAGGAAGCGCAUCCCUCCGACGGCUGGGUCACCACAGACUCCCCCUACAUCAUCCCGCAGCACCGAAGCCUGGAGGACCGGGUCAGCGCAGCUCGGGUACUGCAGCAAGGAGCGCCCGGCUGCUCCCUUGUCCUCGACACCAUGGCCAACUCCAGCAGCUCAGCCUACGGCGCCUACUUCGAGCGCCUUUACGUCAUCCAAAGUGGCACCAUUAUGUACCAGGGCGGCCGCGGUCCAGACGGCUACCAGGUCUCCGAGCUGCGCACCUGGCUGGAGCGCUAUGAUGAGCAGCUGCGCGGAGCUCAGCCCCGUUGAGUGUAAACAACCAAUGGACAAUUGACUGAACUUGGCUGCCAUGCCUUCGAGCCUUGGAGGCCCACGUGCAAACACCCCAAACGAAGUCGGGCUUGGUGAGGGCCCAGUGACACAGAUGUGCUGCGUCACGGAUCGCAGGCUGAGUCUGCACCCUCAGCCAAGCCACCUGAAGACUCUUCCCCAGACUCUGCUUCUGUGACUGUCCUUCGCCUGUACCUCCCUGGCUCGCUCUAAACCCCCUGCUGAGUGCAGAUGUGGCGACAGCUUUGCCGUGUGCCCCUGGACUUGCCCCCACAGAGGCCCCUGCCGUGCUGUCUCACACCCCUCCCCCAGAGAGAAGAGCCAGCGAGCCUUUAGCCAGGCGCAGCGGCCCCGCAUAAAGAGACUUUGGCUGCGCCCGCGCCCUGAGCGCAGCUGGGUUCCAGCAGCGUGUGCGCCGCUCGCCCUAGUUGCCUGGCACCCACACCUGUCGCGCGCCGGGAGAGGAUGCCCUGCUGCUUUUGUGUCUGUUUCUUGUCCCUGAGUUGGGGGAGGGGGCUUGGGAUGGGGAAGGGUGGGCAGGGUUAUUUUCCCCCCUUAUUUUGG